AUGCAGGGCAAGGCGCUGCAGGUGGUGACGAUGACGCGCGGCCAGAGCAUGCUGGCGAGGCUCAGGACGAGCCCCACGGGGCCCAAGGACGCCACAGAGUACUUGGAGAAGUACUCCAAGUCGGAGAAGCACCGCGACGUGCCAGCGGGCUUCUGGAAGGAGUUCGAGGCCAUCGCGGCGGAGCUCCGCCCAGGCCAGGUGGGAGACGCCAUCGCCGAUGGCGAGUCGGUGGCCAAGCCCGCUGCUGGUCAGGCAAACGGUGGCGGCGGUGGCGGUGGCAAGCGCAGCGGCAGCGUCGCGCCGAGCAGCUUCCACGCGCCCGACGUGAAGAAGCAGGCGGUGGGCGCGGCGGCCACCACGGAGAGCAAGGUGACGGCGGUGAAGGCGGGUGCGCUUUCGGAGGCGGCCGCCUCGAGCAAGGCGGGCGCGCCCAAGCGCGGCGCUGCAAGCGCUGGCGGGGCGAAGCCCGCGGGCCUCAAGCGCGCCAGGCGUUAG